AAAAAACAUAAAAAUAAGUUUAACUGCAAACCCUGGUGCGAUUCACACAGUGACCCUCCGCGUCGCCAGGGGGCGCUGUCUCACCGGCUUCAUAUGAGCAUAGUGUACCUCUUUAAUGACGUAGCACAAAUAAUACAAAUCUGAGUGAAGUGUCGGCGGCUUGGUUCUUUUUUUUUGUAGGAAUGGGUGAAUUACACUGUGGUUUUCUACCGCGCCAUCUACCAUCGCUCUUACUCUUUGUGUCCGCUGUAUUCGGGCCGUCACUCGGCACGGAGCUGAGCUUUGUGACAUGCGGAUCGGUCGUCAAACUGUUAAACCUGAAGCACAAUGUGAGACUACACUCACACGACGUGCGCUACGGCUCCGGUAGCGGGCAGCAGUCCGUAACAGGGGUCACUGCGGUGGAAGACAGUAACAGCUACUGGAGUGUUCGUGGGACCAGUGACGCCUUCUGCUUCCGGGGUACCCCGGUGAAGUGCGGGCAGACGAUCCGCCUCACCCACGUCAACACAGGCCGAAACCUGCACAGCCACUACUUCACCUCGCCAUUGUCCUCUAACCAGGAGGUGAGUGCUUUUGGCGAGGAAGGGGAAGGGGACCACCUGGACGAGUGGACAGUCCAGUGUGGGGGAUCCGUGUGGAAACGCGAGGAGGCGGUCCGCUUCCGCCACAAGGCCACCGACGCACUGCUGUCGGUGACGGGGGAGCAGUACGGACGGCCGAUCCACGGUCAGAGGGAGGUUCACGCCAUGUCCGGCCCCAGCCAGCACAGCCUGUGGAAGGCCAUGGAGGGCGUCUUCAUGAAGCCCAGCGAGAACCCGGCAGGCAGCCAAGACCACAGUCACCCACACACCGAGUUCUGAUCUUUACUUCUCUUCUUCUGUCUCUUCUCAUCUUCCUCCCUGUCUACUAGGGCUGAACAAUAUGCAAAGAAAGAAAAUCGAAUUGCAACUGUCUUCACAGAUAUUUUUGCAAUAUUAGUCAUGAUUUUAAUGGGAAUGUUUGAAUUCAAUUUUCUCAGAAAAUACCAAAACCAGCCUGAUCUCUUACAUCUGUAGAAUAUGGUUUGUAGCCUGAGGCGUCUCAACAACUGACUUAUUUAUGUGAACAUACACUCUUGCAAUUUGGAUUUUGCACUUGGCCAUAUUGCGAUUUCAAAAUAUUUCAAUGUAUUGUUCAGCCCCAGUGUCUGUCUUCCUACCUCCUGUCUCCAAUUACAUCUGUACCAGCAGCCUCCAAAAGCAUCUCCGUCCCCUGUUCUCGCUUCAUUCUUCUCUCUUAUUAACCUUUGACUGACCUUUGAAGAGACUGUGCCAAAGUCUGUCAUGGAUCGGGGCACAAUAACUUCAUUUCACCAGCCUCUCUCUGACUUUCACUGGUGUUUCUUGAAAUAAAUGUCCACAUACAAAACGUUCAGUGGAGAUGAAUUUGGAAACACUUUUGACUCUCUGGAGAUCAAGUUGCGAAACGACACGAUUUCGAAUAACUCUAUAAUUUGCCUUAACUGGUGCGCAAAGACGUAAAGGUAUUAAAAUGCAGUUUCACUGUAUAAAGGCUUCUCAACUGUUAUUUAUUGUGAAAUAACGUCCAUCUGCAGUCACGCUACAAUACAGGAGGCAGUGCAACUUUCGCAGAUCAGUACAUCAAGUGACUGUUGUGUUUUGUUGGACAAAAAAAAAAUUGUUGCGCUUGUGCCUUCCUUUUGUUUUUAAGAAAGAGUUUUAGGUGUUACAUUGUGGAGCCUUUGAAACUUUUGGAAACAUGAUAAUUUUCUUGUGUUUUAAUGGUGUUUUUAAGCCAUAUUCUUCUCAAACAAGCAGUGUUACUAUGGUAAAUCACUUUUUUCCCCCUUUAAGUCAGAUUCAGUGUAGCAUAUGAAUAAUGUCGCACUAAAUGACACGAGAGAAUAAGCAGUUUUGUCUGUAGUGUUCUGAACAGGAUGCUGUUGAUUGUCUGUUUGCGCUGGGAGAAAGUGUUCUUUGUUUCAGAGGUUCAUACGAACAAAAAACUUGCAAUGAAUACCUCAUAUUAAAAUAAUUUUUUUAAUGCA